CGUCAAGUGAAAAAUAAAGCCGAAUUGGGGCUAAAAGUACGAAGUGUUGUCGCGUGAUUUUCGCAAAAAUGGCCCAAAAUUCCGAAAUCGUUCCAUUUUAAUGACCUUUCCUUAGAACCAUUCGACCAGUGGGCAAUGCUGUAGUAAAGUGAAAAAGUGAGGUUAGGGCCAUGGCAAGUCAAAAUAAUCUCGAUUUAGACCUCGAUUUAAACUCCGACGAUGAAUUAAAUCACCUGAAAACAUCCAAACGACAAAUCACACAUGACGAGUUUUUACGAAAUCGGGAAAUUAUGGCGAAUUUCCCGAACCGUUACUACCAAACACAAGAAGACAUAAUUCUCAAGCGCCGGAUCGGCUCAGGGGUCGCUUUUGUUAGUUUAGUGGCGGAAAAUUUACUGAGCCACCCGUUCCAAGUCCUUCGUCGCCAGUGUCAAGUCCACCACAGUUCGCAACGAUACCAUUUGUUACCAUUUACGUUAAUACCGACGGUUUAUCGGCUGCACCAGCACCAGGGCUUGACCACUCUUUGGAAGGGCCUGGGGUCCGUUUUGCUCGUCCGGGGGAUUUCCUUAGGGGUGGAGGACUUAAUUUCGAAAGUAACACCCUGGCCUAAGGAAAUCCGGUGGCAUAGUAGCUUGAAACAGUUUUUCCAACACACGUUACUCAAAUGCGUCAGUUUAGCGAUUGUGACGCCGUUCUACUCCGCAUCUUUCGUUGAAACGGUCCAGAGCGAAAUCGCAAGUGAGAAACCGGGAAUUUUGGACGUUUUUAAAGAAGGUUUCAUGCGAUUAUUGAACUGGAAUGGGGGCGUCAAGGGCCGCAUGUUGCCGAUUUGGGUGCUAAUUGUCCCCACUAUAACGCUAGGACUGUCAAAGUAUUUAUUUAACAUGUUGGUAAAAGGGGCGUCAGUGCGUCUUUUACAUUCACGGUUUAAAAACAAACAUGAGGCUAACGGGGCUUUGCCUAAAGACAUCUCCCAUUCUGUUGUUUUGCAAGACCUUGAUAUCACAGCUUCACUGGUUGCCAACAUUGCAAGCGAUGUUGCUUUCUAUCCGUGUGAAACAAUAAUCCAUCGUUUGUAUCUCCAGGGGACACGAACUAUAGUGGAUAACUUGGAUAGUGGCCGUUCAGUGUUGCCAAUCUUAACAAAUUUCGCUGGUGCAAUGGACUGCUACGAAACGUGUGUGGCGAGUGAAGGCACGUUGGGGCUCUACAAGGGUUUUGGGGCGCUUAUUAUGCAAUAUGCGGUCCAUAUUGCUCUUAUACAAUUUUCAAGAUUUUUAUUAACAGAACUUGGAAGUUUGCUCCACAAACCUAAAAAACAGCCUCCGUUACCAACUGAUAUUUCCCCGGCUGCGUUAUCAAACUUAUCAGCUACACACAGGUCCUAUCUACUCCCGUAACUAGUCAUGAAUGUAGGACUAAUUGACAAUGUGUUCUUGGAGAUGACAAAUAAGUUCGAUGUUGAUUGGCGCUAUUUUAACAUCAUUGGAUUUAUACAUAAAAGUGUUGUGUUAUCUUAGGGACACAAAGUGUAUUUUUUGUUAAUCAAAUUUUAAGUCACGUUGAACUGUUACUUUUGCGUUUACAAUAAACUAAAAUCAACAAA